CAGCUGCCUUGGGACGAGGGGAGAGUUAGUCUAACUCGAGUUCACUCACACACGAGAGAGGUUCGCCAUCUAUAUACCCCAUCUUCUCUCUCUAUCUCUCCCUCAUGAACCAUACAACAAACUAUAUAUCCAAUAUUAAAACUAGAUAUCCUCUUAAGCAUAAUUUCGUUUAUAGAAUCGAGUGAGGUAACUAUAGGCAUAAGAGGAUUAGACACAACGAAGUGAUAAAUAGUGAGAGAUGGCCAGUGACAAGUGCUCCUGAACACUUCCACAAGACUUUAAGUUGUUUAUUUGCAAGAGAUAAGUGUCAGAUAAACUACCUCGUCCUCAAGAUGUUCCUCGCUGCCCUCUUCCUGGCCUCGUGCUCUGUGUAUGAAGGACUGUCGGAUUCUGUGACGGAUCUGGUCUUCGGCCAGCCGGGGUCUCCGUGGACCACUGGGGACAACGACUAUUACUACGACCCUCUUAACCCAGAGGACACCUUUCCAGUCAUCACUAGCAGCAGCCGCUCCUUCUCUAUCCAACAGGGAGACUCCGUCAUCCUGCCCUGCGUCGUGCAGAACCUGGAAGAGUAUAGCCUCAUCUGGCGCCACGGGAAUCAGAUUCUGUGGGUGCUGCAGCAUCGACCAGACGGACCCAUCGUCGAGGCUGUGUCACAGGACCACCGGAUCGGUCUCAAUGGUACCUCUCUGAUGUUGUCCAGGGUACAGUGGAAGGAUGCUGGGACCUAUACCUGUGAACUUUCCACACAGCCACGACGAACACUCAACCACACCCUCACCGUCAGAGUGCCUCCGUCAGUGUACCCGGCCAAUAACCGCAGUGAAGUCACCAUCAGGAUUGGCAGCACUGUCACCCUGGGUUGCCAUGCUUCAGGUUACCCUACACCUACUGUCACCUGGACCCGAAAGGGUGGAAACUUGCCAGGUCCAGCUGAAGGUGCCAACCUGACAGUACACGAGGCAGUACCUGAAGACAAUGGUGUAUACAAGUGCACAGCCACCAACGGUGUGGGUAAGCCAGCCUCCACCUCCAUCAUCCUGCAAGUCAUGCAUCGACCAAAGGUGUGGGCGGAGAAAGAGGAGGUGUACUCUGGGGUGGGUUACGAGGCCACAAUAGCUUGUUACGUGGAAGCCGAACCUCGCCCACAGGUCAAGUUUUAUCGUCUGGGCGAUAUCCCCGUUGAUCCCCUCAGGCUUUACAAGACCUUCGACGUUAACAAUAGGUACUCGUUGCAUUUUGACCACGUGCAACUGAGUGACUUCGGUUACCACACCUGCAACGCCUCCAACUUCAUAGGAAAUUCCUCAGCCAUCAUCAGGCUGUCUGGGCGACCCAAGCCUGUCAGAUUUACCAGCCUCAGCCAGGGGGACAAGGAGAAUACUUACACUCUUGUAUGGGACGUGGAGAGUUAUGCUCCAGUUCUCGCCUACAUCAUUGCCUAUAGAAACGAGAGUGAUGGCGAGGACGAGGGGAUCAAGUUGACGGUGCCAGGAACUACAUCCUCCUCCAUCUACCACUCUUACAGUCACAACUUCACCCAGCUGGAGCCAGGGGCAACAUACUAUGUCCAAGUCACAGCCAAAAACGAAUUUGGUCUGAGUGACGUCAAUGAAACUUUUACAUUUACCACAUUUGAUCCAGCUGGCCCUGACUCCCCCGAAGAUUAUGAUGCUGAGGGGGAGGAUUCGCUCUCCGUUAUCAACCAAUAUGAAGACGUGGUUUCAGAGGCUGUGGGAGUGAGUCAGCUGCAAGCAGAUCCCACGCCCAGCAUGGAUGCUGCUACCAGUCCUAACACUCCAAGCAUCGUGGCUGCCAACUUAACAGAGCAGCAGCAAAUUCAGAAGAAGGUUUCAACUGCAGAAAAAGUAGCAGUGCACGAUGAUUCCUCAGGAGCAUUCACCUUCACAAUGACACCGGCAGAGAGACGGGGCCAGAUGGUCGCCCUUGUAACUGCCAUCAGUCUAUCUUGUUUUUUCUCAUAAUUUGCUAUGAGGCUGUGAGAAGAAUUGUAUUUAUCCCUGGCUUGGAAAUGUACAUUGCUGGAGAAGGAGCAGAUUUUGCCUAUGCAUAGCUCACUACCAUUGGGGAAACCGUCACAAAUUACUAUGUCUGGAAUGCACAAAAUAAGAGCUUUCAAGAGUGUUACUACAUUAAGGAUGUCUUUACCAAGGCUAGAGGGACAACAGAAGCUAAGUCAGCGGUAGUUACAAGUAAAAGCAUUCCAUGAAGUUAUAGACUUUCAUGAAUAUUGAGAUUGCUCUAAAAGUGGGAAUAUUAUUAUCAUAUUAAUGUGGAAGCGCUAAACCAAUAAGGGUCAUAUAGCACUUAAGAAUGAGAAUUAUGUUUGAUCCAAGGAAGGGCAAGGAAACCCUAUUUCUUGGAGGGAUGGGAAAAGGAAGAAAAAAUUUUA